UCAGAGGUCUACGGCACGAUACGUAAGUGCUCUGUGUUUGUUUGCUUCUUGCGGAACGAAGCUCUUGAAAUAUGACUCAAGAAGGCCAAUUGCCUCCCCCACCUGUAAUGUGGGCUCAAAGAAGAGAUUGUUUAUAUGUUACCAUCAUUCUAGAAGAUUGCAAGGAUCCUGUUAUUAACGUCAAUCCACAAAUGAUAUAUUUUAAAGGAGUAGGUGGAACGGAACAGAAAAUGCACGAAGUAACAAUUAACCUAUAUGGAGAAAUUAAUGUAAACAAAACAGUUCAGAAUGUAAGAGGAAGGACCAUAGAGUUAGUUCUUGUUAAAAAAGAAAAAGGCCCAUAUUGGCCAAGAUUAACGAAAGAAACAACAAAAGCACAUUGGUUAAAAAGUGACUUUAACAAAUGGAAGGAUGAAGAUGAUAGCAGUGAUGAAGGUGGUAUGGAUGGAAAUAGUCCUGAUUUGGAAGAAAUGAUGCGACAAAUGGGCGGUUUAGAAGGUUCAGGAGACACUAAACCAAACUUUGAUGAAGAGAAUGAAGUAGAUAGCGACGAAGAAUAUUUACCUGAUCUGCUGCUUAAUUGAAAACAUUAUAACUGUACUUUAAAAUAAAGUAAUAUAACUAAUAUAACAUAAUUAUAAUAUAACAUAAUUAUAACUGUACUUCGUUAAAAAAGUAAAAAAUACAAAAAUGAAUGGCGACCUAAGAAUAGUGUGCACCACCAGGCAAUAUAUCAGUAGGCCAUGCUAUUUGUGUUUUCGAUUAAAUUUACUAAUGGCCCACAUUACAGUAGCAAACAGACAAAUAAGGUGCACAACAAAUUGUCAACAUAAAAGAAUACAGUGGUCAAGAGAAUUCUUUUUAAAGAUUCUCUAAUCUUUCUUCGUUAUACGUUUUACUUAUUACUAAGUUAUAAUGAACUUUUUUUUAAUAAUGAUUACUUGUGUAUAAUAUGAAGGAGAUAAAAUAAUGAAAAUGAGUUACAUUA